AUGUCAGCCGAAGAUACCAAGCCAAAGGUCGAAGAAACUGAGGUUCCAAAGCCUCCAACUGCCAGUGUUUUCCUGAUGUUCGGCGCCAAGAAGGAGAAGAAGGAGGAGAAGGAAGAGGACGAGCCAGCAAAGGAGGAGAAGAAGGAAGAAAAGACCGACAAGAAGGAGGGUUCAGACAACGAGGCCGAGGAAGAGACCGACGUGCAUUUCGAGCCAUUGGUGCAUUUGGAGAAGGUCGAUGUGAAGACCAAUGAGGAGAACGAGGAUGUUGUUUUUAAAGUGAGAGCUAAGUUGUUCAAGUUCCACUCCGACAUCAAGGAGUGGAAGGAGAGAGGCACAGGAGAUGUCAAGUUUUUGAAGCAUAAGACCACAGGUAAGACCAGAAUCUUGAUGAGAAGAGACAAAACCUUGAAGAUCUGUGCCAACCACUUGGUGCAGCCAGACUACGUGUUGAAGCCAAAUAUCGGAUCGGACAGAUCGUGGGUUUACACUGUGACUGCUGAUGUUUCUGAGGGUGAGCCUGAGGCACAGACCUUGGCCAUUAGAUUCGGUAACAAGGAAAAUGCCGACAAGUUCAAGGAGUUCUUUGACAAGGCCAAGGAGAAC